AUGAUUGUAUAUGUUGAUGACAUAAUUAUCACUGGUAAUCACACCGAGGAGAUGAAUUCAAUCAAAGAAAUGAUGGAAAAGGAGUUUGAAGUCAAAGAUCUCGGUGCUCUAAAAUAUUUUACGGGUAUGGAAUUUGCUAGAAGCAAAAAAGGAAGUCCAGUUGACAAGGGGAGGUACCAACAACUAGUAGGAAAGCCCAUCUACCUCUCAAAUACUAGACUCGACAUUGCUUUGGCAGUGAGUCUAGUUAGUCAAUACAUACAUGAUCAGUGUCAGGGACAUCUCAAUGCAGUGUAUAGAUUUAUGAGAAAGGUUGAAGUGUCCACAGAUGCAGGCUGGGUUGGUUCACUUGAUGAUAGAAAGUCUACAUCUCAAUAUUGCACAAUGGUAUGGGGGAAUGUGGUCAAAUGGCGAAGUAAAAAGCAAGCAGUGAUUGCAAGAAGCAGUAUAGAAGCAGAGUAUAGAGCCAUGGCACAUGGAGUGUGUGAAGCUAUAUGA